AUGGAUCAAGUUCCUGUCUACACUGUAGAAAAGCAUGGAUUUCAGCUAAUGCUUCAACAGUUCAACCCCAGAUACCAGUUACCAAGCAGAAAUUUCUUCAUGUAUACAGAGAUUCCCAAACUAUACACCGAAACCAGAGCCCUCAUUUCAGAUUAUCUCAAAGAGAAACCAUUUUAUGCCUGCACAACAGAUCUGUGGACAAGCAGAGCUGCAGAGACAUUCAUGUGCAUUACCAUGCAGUACAUAACCAAAUCCUGGGAGAUGCACUCCUGGUGCUUGGGCUGUAGUGGCCUGAACACUAAGCACACAGGAGAGAGUUUGAAGGAGGCCUUUGAUGAAAAAAUUCUGGAAGAAUGGAAAUUGGACAUUUCCAAAAUAGCAGGUAUUACCACAGACAAUGCAUCUAAUAACCAAAAGGCCUGCAAAGAUGAUUACACAUGGAUCCCAUGUUUUGGUCACAAUUUACACCUAGCAGUAAAUAAAGCAGUUAACAUUGACAGGGUAUCUUCAGCACUUUCAAGGCUUCGCAAAACAGUGGCUGCAUUUACUAGAUCACCAAAGCUCUCACGCCAACUCGCCAAAAAACAGACCGACCUCUCACUCCCAGAUCAUAAACUCAUACAUGACGAAACUACCCGCUGGAACUCAUCGUAUGAUAUGGUCGAACGGUUUUUGGAGCAGCAGCAAUCUGUAUGUGCCUCACUGGCAGAGGACCGAAAGAAAUGGCAUCUAAUGCCUAAAGAUACUGACAUUACAAUUUUAGAGACUUUAAAAGAAAUCCUUGGACCACUGAGUCCAUUUACAGAUGCCCUCUCUGGUGAGAAGCACAAAACCCUCUCAUCUGUCUUACCAUUGAUGUGGAAAAUACGGUCUUGUCUUGAUGAUGUAGAUGGUGAUUCUGUACUUGCUAGGGAAAUGAAAAGUGCAAUCAAAGAAAAUCUCAGGCAGCGUUAUAAUGAUGAGGAGUUACAGCUACUUUUGAACACUGCCACCUACCUGGACCCCAGGUUUAAAGAUAGCUUUGUUGCACUUGAGGCUGAUGUCAAGCAAAGGCUUCUGGACCAAAUAAGGGAUGCUGCUGAUGAUGAUGGAGCUAAUGUUACAGGAGGAGCAGAGGCUUCAAGCCAAGUCAGACCAUCUAAAAAGUCAAAGACUGACUUGAAACAUCUUCUUUCAAGUAUCCAAGGAGAAAAGAAAGGCAGUGAUGCCACAGCAACUCAGGGGCUUUCCACAAGUGACCGUUUAAAUGGAGAGUUUCUGGUAUAUAGCAAAAUGCCAGAACUCAGUGCUGAAGAGGAUCCACUCACCUGGUGGAAAACCAAUGGGAUCACAUUACCCCUGUUGUCAUAG